AUGGCCGGACACAUGAACGCGGCACAGAUUGUAGAGUUCGAUACGCCAUAUCAACUCUGUAAGAAGCCCAAGCCGAGGUGCGGCGAAAAUGACCUCCUCGUUAAGUUGUAUGCAGCUGGCUUCUGUCAUUCGGAUCUCCAGGUCCUGCAGGGCCAAUUCCGAGCAAGGCUGCCCAUGAUUCCUUCCCACGAACCAGCUGGCAAAAUUGUGCAAAUAGGCAAUCAAGUUCAGGGCCACUGGAAGGUGGGAGAUCGUGUUGGUGUUUUGAACUUCAAGGAUGCGUGUCGCCAGUGCGUUGGGUGUAAGCAACACAUGCGGAGAUCUACGCGUGCUGAUCCACGAUUUUGUGAAAAGCGGCAAAUGGCGGGCUUCAAGCAUGAUGGUGCUUUCGCAGAGUACAUGUUAGCUGAUCCCAAUACCGCUGUGCAUCUGCCUGAAGGAGUUUCGUAUGAGCAAGGGGCGCCUUUGAUGUGUGCUGGAGCAACAGCUUGGGGUGCUUUGCGAAAGCUGAAACCGGACGUCAAGAGUGGUGAAGCGGUUGCCAUUGUUGGGAUUGGUGGUGUCGGUCAUCUUGCAGUACAGUUCGCCAAAGCGAUGGGGUUUAGGGCCGUGGCCAUCGACAAUAGAGAGGAAGGGCGACAGCUAGCACUUGAAGUUGCAGACCAUCUUCAACCGGACCUUGUUGUCGAUUCCACUGCCAGCGAUGCAGAGAAACAGAUACUAGAGUUCACUUUGGGCGAAGGACUUGCUGGUAUCGUAGUCUGCACCGACUCCAUUCAAGCAAAUGCUUGGAGCCUUCAGCAGUUGGGUAACAAGGGUGUUAUGGUGCCGCUGGGUCUUCCAAAAGACAAGUGGCAGUUCGAUUCUGAGGCUAUGGUGUUUCGAGAACUGGUUAUCAAAGGCAGCUAUGUCUCCAGUGCGGAAGAAGUAGAGCUGAUGUUCAAGGUCGUGGCAGAACACAACAUUUCCUCACACCUGACGAUUUUGAACUUUGACCAGAUUCCCAGCCUUGUCGACAGAUACCAGCAUGAGUCGAUGAAAGGCAGAUUGGUCAUACAGAUAGCGCAAUAG